AAAUCUUGUAGGAUUUAUGAUCCUUAGACAAGUCAAACAGUGUAUCAGUAGGAGGCGGAGCCUGUGUCUCAUUCUCUGUUCAGUUUAAAACCCAACGCCUCCAUCCCUUCAGCACAAACUAAAAAGAGUUUUAGAUGAGCAUCUGUUACAGAAACAACAUGCAGAAAGAGGAGAAACAGUGGAAGGGACUCCAGGAGAAAAGCAAAAGCACCCUCAGAAGGAAAACAUCUAAGGAAAACCCUCAGUCAUCACUGAUCCCCAUCCAGAGGAGACGCAGCUCAACCUGGACGAUGAAGAAGGAACCGAGAGACCAAAAGUUACCAUCAGACAGAGACGAGCAGCUCAUCCACUACCAGACCAUCCCAGAAAGACGCUUCUCCACUGACCGAGCACGUGAAAUAAUCAAACGCAUUGUUGAUGAAAGACUUGAGACUGUGGAGUACAGCGGCACAUGCGCGGUCAUCUCCAAGGAACUGUCUGACUGCAUUAAAACGGCUGUAAAGAAGCUGCUGUAUGAGCGAUAUAAGCUGGUCUGUUUUGUGGCCAUCGGGCAGCUGAAGGACUCGGUGGUGAACUGCUCCAGCAGAGCCGUCUGGAGUCCCACUGCAGACACAUUCACUGAAUAUAUCUAUAAAAACAGAUCCCUAUUUGCGGUUUGCCUCUUGUUUGCAGUGUAUAAAGAGUAGGCUUGCGUAAUUGGUCAAAUGUCACUUAAGUACAAUUUUAUAUAUGUUUAUAUUAGUGCUGUCAAAUCGAUUAAUCGCAUCUAUAUUUACAAACUUUUAUGUUAGAUGUGAUUAAUCGCGAUUAAUCGAUUUGUGCUGAAUUUUCAGCAUCAUUACUCCAGUCUUCAGUGUCACAUGACCCUUCAAAAAUCAUUCUGAUAGGCCUAUGCUGAUUCGGUGCUCAAGAAACACUUAUUAUCAAUGUCGAAAACAGUGCUGCUUAAUAUUUUUGUGGAAACCAUAAUACAUUUGUUUCAGGAUUCUUUGAAAGUUCAAAAGAACAUUUAUUUGGAAUAGAAAUGUUUUUUAAUUAUAAAUGCUUUUACGGUCACUUUCAUCAAUUUAAUACAUCCGGGUUGAAUAAAAGUAUUAUUAUUUUUUUAAAACAAAAAUCUUACUGACCCCAAAUGUACAUAUUACAGAUCAGAUGAGUUUUUACUCAUUAAUUUCACUGAUUUUAGUAAUGUCAAAUUAUUGUUCAUUUAAAAUAAUAAUAAUAAAAAUUUUUUAUUAUUUCUGCCAAUAUUUAUUGUCUUAUAUUGCUAAUACUAUCUGCCAUU